UCUUCCCCAAUUCCACCACCGCCAAGUGAAAUCCCAAUCUCCAAAGCCAGAUCCGCAGCCCCUCCAUCCCAAUGGCCCGCACGAAGCAGACGGCGCGCAAGUCCACCGGCGGCAAGGCGCCGCGGAAGCAGCUCGCCACCAAGGCGGCCCGCAAGUCGGCGCCGGCGACCGGCGGCGUGAAGAAGCCCCACCGCUUCAGGCCGGGAACCGUCGCCCUCCGGGAGAUCCGCAAGUACCAGAAGAGCACGGAGCUGCUCAUCCGCAAGCUCCCCUUCCAGCGCCUCGUCCGUGAGAUCGCGCAGGACUUCAAGACCGACCUCCGCUUCCAGUCCUCCGCCGUCUCCGCGCUCCAGGAGGCCGCCGAGGCCUACCUCGUCGGGCUCUUCGAGGACACCAACCUGUGCGCCAUCCACGCCAAGCGCGUCACCAUUAUGCCCAAGGACAUCCAGCUCGCCCGCCGCAUCCGAGGGGAGCGCGCCUAGGUUCGUCUUGGUCGCCGGUAAUACUGGCCAGUUGUUCUUGUCCUGUGAUCCGGGUGUGUGUCCGGUGCUUCUGUUUGUUUGUGUUGAUAUGAUGUGUCGUCUGGUCCUAUGUAUCUCGAUGCUCGAAUGAAAUCGCAAUGGCAACGGAAAGAUCAGUUAUUGAUCUGAUGCAAUUUUUUUA